CUCGUUUACGUACCUGCAGACAGCUACAGGCGCUUUUGUUGCCGAGAAAUCCCUUAAUUAUUAUCAGUGAAGCGUUCAAAACCUCUUUCGAUUGUUGGAUCAAUUUUGAAAUACCUAAAUACGCAGCAUGAGCCUACCAUGGAUCUCACGAGCCGUUUGCAUUUCUCCUCGAUGCCAUGUAGCUCGAUCGGACGCUCUGCCCCUCUCAAAGCGAUGCGUCCAGCAACAUUUCCAGCAUACAAGUUCACGAGAUAGCCAUCUCCCACGCCUGGCUCAAUCGUCUGUUUGGGACUCGAUUAUCCCAAAGGGUCUCCGCAGAAACAAAGCUGCACAAGAUGGGAAGAAAAGGCCGACUAAUCCUGCGACUUAUUUUAUCUGGAUAUAUAUUCUGAUCGGAUCACAAGCGAUUCGCAUUAUGGGAACCAAGAACGAUUUUGUAACAUUCACGCGGAAAGCGGACCUUAAAAUUGCGCAGCUAAGAGAAGUCGUCGAGAAGCUGCAAAGGGGACAGGACGUCGACGUGGAAAAGGUUCUCGGAACAGGUGACAACAUACAAGAGCUAGAGUGGGAGGAAGCACUACGAGAACUACAGGAGCAGGAUCGUAUAUGGCAAAAUAAUGCAAGGAAAAGUCGAGAAGAGAGGGACCGUUCUGCAAGAGAAGAACAGGACGCCAAUCCUAUCAGCAACUCGGUGGACAAAACACAGGACGCAGAAGUGACUUCUCUAAUGUCGCCACACGUUCCUCCUUCGCGGCCAGGCUUUUAUUGAAGCACGAAUCUGCUCAACAAACCAAGUUUCUGCGUGAGACGAAUCUACUAACAUCACCCUUAAAGCUAACGGCAGGGCUGCUGCUGGCCUUUUUCUCUGAUCGCCUCAAGAUCAGCCAAACGAAACUGUACCAGGAAUGCUCCUCGGUCAAUGUCCAACCUAUAAGCUAUACCUUAUAAUCAUAGCUUGUACGAUUGCGUGCAAGCGAGCCACAACAUCCAAAUCGCGUUGACUGGUUUCCAGCUUCUUGCUCCUGUUGCAGCUAGAGAUGAUAAUUGCUGUCGUCUGAAAGCGAGCAGCAGUUUCUCCAGCAUUGUGUUCCGUUUCUCAAUGGAGGUUAUUUUACCGACACUGGCCUUCGUUACGUUUCGUACGCGAAGAAACGUGCCCAUCAGUCAGUCGAUUCGAGGGAGGCCUUGACGAUUUGAACUUCGACGGUCUGUCAUACGCCGAUUUUGGUAUUGUUUAACGGCUCAGUAAGAAGUAGUCAGGGACAGAGACCACCUGGUAACGGGCAACCAAUUGUUUAAUCACCUGCCUGAUGGCUUAUCAAUAGAUCGAUGGCUUAAGGACGAAAGAAUGAAAGAACACCUUUUUGGGGAUAUCCGAAUGUGCUUCGGACUCUUUUCUCACGGUCAAUUCCUGCGCCAACGGGCUAGCUGAAUAUCAGAUGCUCUCAAC